AUGUCACAGAAUGCGACAAACGGCGACUGGGCAACAAUUAAAGCCCUCAUUCCCACUCUUGAUACAACAGAACAACGUCGAAUAUUGGAGCGUGCUCCAGACUGGCUAGAAGAUGUGAAAGAGACACUCGAUAAUAUUUGUGAUGAACUUGAAGGAGAGAUACAGAAAAUAACUAGAAAACAAUCGAACAGUUAUCUUCGUGCGACAACUAAUACAGCUUCUGUCGUUUUUGAUAUUAUUUCAAUUUGUACUAUGCCUAGUGCUCUGUUCACUACAGCUGCAAAAGCUAUGGCUGGAGGAGCUGUGGCGAUUCACACUGCGUGCACAAUUGGAGAUCUAAUUGCAAGUGGUAAAGCUGAGAAUAUUCUAGUUGAACUUAGAAAUGAUCUUGAACGAAUUAAACAAUACGAAGCACAACGACAAGAAUUAGAAAGACGUUUGAAUACUAUAUUAAGACCUUGA